CGGAGCCGCAAACGUUUGGCUGUAAGUGUGAUGUACCGUUCAGGUCUUUCGGACUUGGUUCGAAGCCGGGCAUGUGGACGAGGCCCGUCAAGAGAAUGUCUUGACCCCUUGGUCUUCUUCAAGUCCAAGUUGCGUCUGUUGGGAGGAAGCAUUUGCCAUGUCGAAAUGGGGGAGGCCGGCAAUGAGCUUGGGGCGAUGUGCCCAGCACGCUCUUCGGUAGACGGAAGGACAAGGUCGAGAGGUGCCACAGACAUGGAGCCCUCAAAGAAGAGAGCCAUAACGAAUAUUGUCGAUCAUCAAUCUGAAUGCGCCACUGUGCCCGGAGUUAAGCGAUGUAAUGAAGGGACGUUCGGAAAAAACGUUGCUGUGUCCCUGACAUAGAUGUAAACAGUAAGAUGUGGGGGAAGAGCAGAUGUUCUCUUUUGUAUGAUUUCGAACAAUAAAAUAAAGAGGAUUCAUGCACAGAUUUCGGCUCGAAGUUCGAUGAACGACAAUGUUGGGAUUUCCAGGGGUAGAAGAAAUCCAAGUCAAGCCAAACUUGACGCAACUUCUUCACACACCAGGGCCACAUCCGGAGCAGAGCUCACUUUCACAACCAACCCGUGGCAUCCGACGAGCAUCCGACCAAAGCUCUCUCAGAUGAGUCUCGCCCCGGGUUGUCCUCCGUCCUCCCUCGCAUGGUCCAGUCCUGAAACAGAGGUGUGCCUGUUUAAGAGCAGCAUGAUGAGGAGGGAGGUGAGGCGACCCGAGGGGAGCAUGGAAUAUUUCGUGUAAGCGAUACUCUCGUUUGUUGUUUCUGAUGUGUUUCACAUCACAGCAGGGAAGGUCGGUCGCGGUCAUGGGCAAUGAAUUCUUGUGCGAUUGUGAAAGUGUGGCAAAUUGUAUCUGUGCCAUGUUGAAGUAAGAGGAAGAGGAUCUUAUUAAGUGGGAGAUGAGGAAAUGAUUCUCAAAUUUGUGAAUACCACGCUGUCCUGCUCGUACGAAAUCCAGAAAAGGAUCAUCGUUUUCAAUAGUUCUUCACUUGUGAAAUUGAGGAGGGGCAUGCAGGACAAAAUCAGAUCCCUGUUGAUUGCUCCCCGGGUCUCUGCGUGUUCUAACCC